AUGAAGUCCUUCUCGAGUUCGGCCGUUAAUAAAUCGGGCAAGAAAUUUGCCCCGAAAGCGCCGCCCCGCCGCGGCGCGCCUGGCCCUGCUGCGCCCGCGAGAAGGCCAAGCGCAGCUCAGCAGCCCUCGGCGCAAGCUGCACAAGGUCAACAGCAGGAGAGGGAGGUCACAGAAUCCGUUCCUCCGCCAUCUGCAUCAUCUGCCGAGCCGGAACAGCCCGCAAUCACCGAGUCAGCUCCGGCUGUAGUUGCAGAAUCUCCCCCAGCAGCUCCAAUCACCUCAAAAUCAGCUACUCCCAUCUCAAUCCCUCGCCCAAAUCGCAAACCAUCUGUAUCUAAGCCCGCUCUCGUUGCGCCAGCUGUACCCGUGACCCCGUCUACCAAGAUACCCGAUACUCCCACCUCUCCCCGAACUUUACCCGCCGAAACGAAUGUGUUGCCUUCAAUCGAGAAUGAUGUUCCCCAGUCAGCAUUGGUCGAGGAUUCGAUCGAAGCAACUGAGGUAACCGAAGCACCAGCUCCCGCAGCGGAUACCCGUGCUCCAGACGAAGCUGUCUCACCUCGCCAAUCCGUGUCGGAGCCUCAACCUACACCUUCCGCUCCCGUCGUCGGCCGGUCUUUGAAAUGGGCCAAGAAAACAUCUGAAUUCACCAACCGCGGCAGAGGGCCAGUACACGCCGUUGCUCCGCUAGUCUCCUCUACAGCGUCGAGUGAGACCCCGGGAGGAUCGCUCGUACCCGUAACUCCCGACGCGAACCAAUCCUCGGCGAAAGGGAAGAAACGGAAAGCGUCCAGGGCAUCGGAUACUGGCCGUGAAUCUGAAAAGCCGAAGCGUCGUCCAAGGAAGCGCGAGCCGACCCCAGAGGGCGCGGAGAUGGUGGAAAUAUUACCCAACGUGGUCAAGAUGUCGGAGCUUUGCAAAGACCUGAAGACUGGAAAGAAGUCUAAGCGAGAGACCGAAUUGCGGAGAUUGGAAUUGGAGGAACAAGAACGCAAGCAAAAGGCACACGAGGAAGGCUCGAAUGUGGGAACGCCAAAGAAAGCAAACGAUCCCGAUGCCAACAAAACAGAUCGUCUCGAGGAGCCUAAAUUACAGUCUGGUCCAGUCAUGCGGAUUGUUAACGGCGAAAUUGUGUUGGAUAAUGCCUCGCUGGAGGUGGAUCGUCAUGCUGAUGCCGCACGAGCUGCAGGUGAACUCGAAGACGUGGUGGAAAACCAGCUUACUCGGAAGGUCAACCAGGCCACAUACGGCAAACGUACCAAAAAUGAAACGUGGGAUGAAGAGAUGACUGACCUCUUCUACCGCGGCUUGCGCAUGUUCGGCACGGAUUUCAUGGUUAUCAGCAAGUUGUUUCCGGGACGGUCUCGCCGCCAGAUCAAGCUGAAAUUCAAUAAUGAAGAGCGCAAGGAUCCCCAGCGGAUUAAAGAUACACUUCUUGGGCCGCGCGAGACUAUUGAUAUUGCGACCUACUCGGAGUUGACCAACCAGGUCUACGAUGAUCCCAAGAUCAUCCAGCAAGAACUGGACGAAGAAAAGAAACGCAUAGAGGAGCAACACGAGAAGGAGAAGCAGCUACAGGAGGAAAUUAUGCGCAAUCCCACCGGCGCCGGCGCCGAUGAGAACGCUGCUCCCAACGGCGAUAAGAGCAAUGGCGCUUCCGUCAAGAGCAAACGAAAGAAGAGCGUGAAGAAUUCAGCUGGUGGUGGUACAGAGGAAGUUCUCGGUUCUAUCGACGACAUCCCCAUGGCUUGA